AUGGCUGAGAUCAGACCUGUAUCAGAAAUAGAGAUAGUGGAGGAGGAGAGGAAGAUUGUGAAGAUGUCUUCGCUGAAGAAGAAAGCGUUAAGCGCAUCGAACAGAUUCAAGAACUCUAUCAAGAAAAAGGGUCGAAGAAGUAGAGUUAUGUCCGUACCGAUUGAGAACGACAUCGACGCACAAGACCUUCACUCUAUUGAUGUUUUUCGUCAAGCUCUUGUCCUUGAAGAGCUCUUGCCCGACAAACUCGAUGAUCUACAUAUGAUGCUUCGGUUUCUGAGGGCAAGAAAGUUUGACAAUGAAAAAGCUAAGCAAAUGUGGAAAGACAUGAUUCAAUGGAGGAAAGAUUUCGGUGCUGACACAAUCAUCGAGGAUUUUGAGUUCAAUGAGAUUGAUGAUGUAAUGAAGCAUUACCCUCAAGGCUAUCAUGGAGUAGACAAGGAAGGCAGACCGGUUUACAUUGAGAGAUUAGGUCAAAUUGAUGCUAACAAGCUACUUCAAGUGACAACAAUGGACCGUUACGUGAAAUAUCAUGUCAAAGAGUUCGAGAAGACUUUCAACUUCAAGUUCCCUGCUUGUUCUGUCGCUGCAAAUAAGCACAUUGAUCAGAGCACAACUAUUCUUGACGUCCAAGGCGUGGGGCUUAAGAAUUUCAGCAAAUCUGCAAGAGAGCUUCUUCAAAGGCUUCUCAAGAUUGACAAUGACAAUUAUCCUGAGAUGGCUAUAAACCGAGAAGCGAAGUGCGCACCAAUCUCGGAAGAUGAACACGAGCAUGUUGGCCAAGGAAGAUCAAUUUCAGUUCGUAAAGUAAGCUAA